GUCGAGCAUGGUCCAGGUAAACCAUUCUGUCCGUCGAGAUGACACUCUAUACUGGUAUAUCCAUCGUGCUUCUUGCAUGCGGCAUUGGGGGACGUGCGGCUUCUUCGUCAGAUCUGCUCCGUGAUACUACUGCUUGUGCGGAGAUCGCGGCCUCCAUUUCUUCGAAAUCCGGAGUGUAUUACAAUGGACCGGUCUAUCUAAAGGACAACUAUCAUUGGGCGUCUUCGAGUAGUCAACUCUCUGCUUGCUCCUUCGAACCUGGCACCACUGAGGACCUCGGAAAAGCGCUCCAAAUAUUGGGAGAGACCAAGACACCGUUUGCAAUUAAAAGUGGUGGUCACGCGACCAACCCAGAUGUUUCGUCGACCUCAGGCGUUCAGAUCGCGAUGUAUUCAUUCUCAGACAUCACGUUUGACUCAGAUGCCCAGACAGUAACCAUUGGCACUGGUAACGUAUGGGAUGACGUCUAUUCAACACUGGAAGAAUACGGUGUGAAUGCUGUAGGGGGGAAAGUCACUGGCGUCGGAGUCGGCGGCAUCACACUGGGUGGAGGAUAUUCGUAUCUGACAAACCAGUAUGGGUUGGCAAUCGACAACGUGAUAUCGUAUGAACUCGUUUUGCCCAAUGGCACGGUGACUACAGUGACCAGCUCCAGCGACCCAGAUUUGUUCUUCGGCUUGCGGGGAGGUUUCAAUAACUUUGGAGUUGUUACCCACGUCACUCUCAAAACGCAUCCUCAAGGUCAAGUUUGGGGUGGACGCAUCACAUACAGUCAAGAUCAAGCCGAGGAAGUAAAUGCUGCCAUCGCCAAGUUCUCUGCGAACGUUGCAGAUCCCAAGGCAUCGAUGUAUGGCACAUAUAACUAUGUCUCUGGAGUGCCUAUAAUAUCGUGCAUGUUGUUCUAUGGUGAACCCACGUGCCCCGAUGGUAUCUACGAUGACUUCUUGUCGAUUAAACACUACGAUCAAGACAUUGCUACCCGGUCCUACUCAUCCUUGAUCCAAGUUGAGCCGUUGAAUGCCACAUCUGGCCUUAGAGCUGUGUUUCAUUCCACAGCGAUCGAGGAGUGGACGGAGUCCUUGUUGGAUGCCGCUGCCAACGAGACCCUCUUCUACGGCGAGAAGCUUGCUGGUAUCGUGACUACGAUGACUUACAACAUCAGGCCCUACCUUGAUUCUAUCUACGACCACACCGAUAUACCAUCUGCGUAUCCGGAUUCGCGUGAACGAGGCUACUCAUUCCUGGAGCUAUACUAUGCAUGGACCGAUCCGAGUCACGACGACCUCGUAUACGAUGCCGUUAUUACUAGUUGUAAUCAUCUGGAAAAUCUGGCGAUCGCCGCAGGGCAGGAUGUUAGAAAUGUAGUUGUGUAUCCCAACGGUGCAGCUCCUUCCACACCCUUAGAAGAUAUGUACGGGAAGAAUCUGGCACGUCUGCAGGAUAUCAAAAAGUCUGUUGAUCCAGACAAUGUGAUGGGGCUCGCCGCAGGGUGGAAAUUUUAGAUAUGUCCAGGUGCCAGCCUGCCGGAAUAUCCCGGCACCAUGCGUCCAGCUGAGCGGUUGCGCUGUUUGCUUCCUCCAUUCGUUUUUCUUCUCCCCCACGACAUCGAGUUCGUCGUUCAUUACACUCCUCACUCGCUCGAACAGGUUUCUUUGUACCCGCCCACCACUCCCUUUGAAUUUAUCACACCGUAAUUCUACUCCUAGUAUUUUAUUUAGUCAUGCGUCUUAUGGUCUGCUCUAUCAAUUGUAUUUUACCGUCCCAAUUUUUGCUACUCGAAGAGUC